UACGCUUGAAGCAAAGCUUUUUGCAGUCCGAAGUGGUCGUUAUCUAUCAAAAAUAACUUGAAUUACCUUUACGAAAUGGAAAGCGUCACAAUGAAUAAUGAACCUAUUUGCAUUAGCGAUUUUGAAAUGCUCGCCAAAGAGCGGUUACCAAAGGCCGUAUUCGACUAUUAUGCUUCCGCCGCGAAUGACAAACAGACACUGUUUAAAUCUACUGCAGCCUUUAAACGACUCAGACUUUUGCCACGAAUUCUACGCAAUGUGUCUUCCGUUGACAUGUCAACAUCGAUCCUUGGUGAGAAAAUUGAUGUGCCAUUUUGUAUCGCACCAACCGCCAUGCACAAACUUGCACAUCCUGAUGGCGAAAUUGGAACUGCAAAAGCCAGUUCUCGCAUUGGGACAUGUAUGACUCUGAGUUCCUGGUCAUUUACAAGUCUUGAAGACGUCGCCGCCAACACCGAAGGAUUAAAAUGGUUCCAUACGGACAUCUUAGUGGAUCGAAAUGCUAUGGCAAGCGUCAUAAGACGUGCUGAAGCUUCUGGUUAUAAAGCAAUCGUAUUAACCGCUGACAUGCCGAUCUGUGGUAAACGACACAAUGAUAUUCGUUGUCAGUUUACCGUACCACCGCUCCCAAAUUUUAAAAAGGUAUUCGAAUCCAGGAAUAUGACAAAAGUCGGUCCUUCCAAUAUAGACGAAGUUCAUGAUCCAUCAGCAACAUGGGACACGGUCAUUCCUUGGUUGAAGUCUAUUACAUCAUUAUCAGUGGUAAUGAAAGGCAUAUUGACCGGCGAAGAUGCAAAACUCGCUGUAAAAUACGGUGUUGAUGGUAUCAUUGUUUCAAAUCACGGGGGUCGGCAGCUAAAUGGUGUUCCCGCGACGAUUGAAGUCUUACCGUCAAUAGUGUCAGCCGUCGGUCAUGACAUCGAAGUGUAUCUGGACGGUGGUAUCAGGUUUGGUUCAGAUAUUUUCAAAGCAUUGGCUUUAGGAGCGAGAGCGGUCUUCAUCGGGCGACCGAUCUUAUGGGGUCUUGCCCAUCAGGGUGAAGAAGGAGUGUAUAGAGUUUUACAGAUUUUCAAAGAGGAGCUUAAAAUCACAAUGGCACUUUGUGGGUGUGCAAGCUUGGGAGAUAUUGUGAAAGAAAUGGUGGUUCGUGAAUCAUGCAUUGUACCAAUCUAAACUGUAAAUUUAACAAUUUACCAAGUGAAACACUGCAUCUAAAUAGAAUAAUGAUUCCAUUAAAAUACACAAACCAUCGUCGAAAUGAGCGCGGGAAAAGCAGCAUUGCAUAAAACAUUCCGUAGUUUUGGCACAUUGAGAGGAAUUUCCCGAGCACAAAUUAUUACCAAACUCUCGUUGGAAGAUAAAGACUUAUAUUAUAAGGGAGCAUUUGUGUAGAAAUAUCCUUACCUUCUAUAGCGAGUCACAUGCAAGGUUAGUGAAAUUUAGGCGUGGCAUCGAUAAAUGGGAGGGAGGCACAUAUUCAUAUAUUCAUGUUACCAGACUUCAAAGAUAAUCGAUUUGAAAAGAAAAUGAUCGUUCGGAAAAUGAAUAUUAAAUGUGGCCUAAUGCAUAGUUUAAAGUGCGCUGAUGAUGAAGUGCAUGCGUUGAUUUUAUUGCACCUCGAAAUUUAGUACAAGGGCAUUUCAUUGAGCUUCACUCAAGUUAUUAAGGUGUGUACGACUGCAUGUAAUAUGGUCUUGCUUAUUACUUGCUAAUUAUUUCUGUAUUAUGCAUGUUAACCUGUCCUAUAUAAAUAACCGUAUAGCUCACACACAUAUAUUUUCCAGCGUACCUUUAGUAACAGUUCUAUGCCACGCUGUCCAACCAUUCUUCUUCUUGUUAGUUACAUCAGCGCCGUUUGAACUAGACAUUUUACCAUUUCCAGCGUACCUUUAGUAACAGCUCUAUGCAACGCUGUCCAACCAUUCUUUUUCUUGUUAUUUACAUCAACGCCCAUUUCAGCAAGAAAUUUGACCGUUUCAAGCGAACAUUCAGCAACAGCAGUGUGCAGCGCUGUACAUCCGUAUGCAUCCUUGACAUUUACAUUGGCGCCCUUUUCUGCAAGAUAUUUUGCC